AUGUCACUCACAACUAUUGACGAUCGGCAAAGAGACGAUGUCGUCCAUCUGAGAGUUCUCCUGCAGAAGCGGGAGUAUCAUCUUGCUGAGCUGAUCAACGAGGUCGUUUAUGCGGAACAGGAGCGCUACAAGGCGGUGCAGGAGGCAAGCAGCCUCCGUGAGCUUGUCUCUCGCCUGGAGGACAUCAUCAACAAGCUGCUGGUGUACCAUAUGACCAUUCACAGGGAGGUGCUUCUUCCAGCAUUGAUUGAUUCCGCCGGCAACAGAGGCGAUGCACACAGCGUAAGAGCGCCGGCAGCAGAAGACUUCACAGCUGUAGGGUCUUCGAAAGACGUCCUCGAUGACCUGCUUGGCGAACCGCGUCUUUCCAGUGAAACGAAGAAUCUCGUUCAGGGUGUCCUGCAACAGAAGAGAAGAGGCGAGCGACUGUCAAGUAGUGGUGCCGAGCUGCACGGUAACUCUUCCUCCCUGUUGGCGGCGCUUUCCAACGCUGCUCCUUGCCGACGGCCUGCCGACGCAGAGACGUCAGUGGAUCACGCCAGACGUCGCGCCAUCAUCCUCAGUUCCUCUCUUUUGCAAAACCAAGAGGAGCUGGUGCAGCUGCUGCGCAGCAUUCGGGUCCAAACAAAGGAUCUGCGUCACCACUGGGAUCGGCUACGCGACGUGGAAGUACAAGACAGGCAGCAGCCACUCCGCGAGUCCACCGUUCGACAGCAGAAGCCGAUAAGCGACGUCGCGCCUUUCCGGCUAGGGAACCUGCGCCAGAAUAGCAACCGUACUCACACACUGGAGGAGGCACUGCGAAGUGUCGAGAAGGAACGUGACGCUCUACGGGCGCAGCUGCGCGAGCGCAAUGCGGCUGCUGCCGCUGCCCUGGAGGCAAACACACCACCGCAGGUUGUUCAGCCAGACGAAUCGUGGCACGAGGAGAUGGCGCAGCUCAAGAAGGAGCUCGCCUACGCACAGCAGCGCGUUCUGCAAGAGCAAGCGCGGAAUCAGGGACUGAAAAAUCAGGUCUCCCAGCUGGAGAAAGUGGCCGCGGCGUCACCGAUUACGCCAUCUGCGACGAGCCCAACCACCUGCGUUCAUUGUGAAGAGACGCGUGCAGACAUGCACAAUCAAUUGUCAGACUUUCAGGCCGCCAAGACAACAUGGAAGGAGGAGGAGGGACGCCUGAAGAACGAAAUUGCAUCCCUGAGGCUCCAGAUAAAAGAGUCUGCCAACAGGACUUCACUGCCGUUACCCUCUCCGCCUGUAGGCGCCCUGACAGAUGAACCGCAAUGUUACUCAUCUGGGCCCACGAGUGAACGCAAAAUCGGUCACCUCGAGGCCACAGUUGCCUCCACGAAGGCAGACCUGCAGAUCAUGGAGAUGCGUAUGGCGGUCAUGCAAAGUGAGUGGGACUCUGAACGGCGCCGCAUCCUCGCCGCACACGAGCGAGAGCGGCGGCGCCUGCGCGACGAGAGAGACGAGUGCCAGAGAACCAUCGACAAGAUGUUCCUUGAGCUACAGGCCCUCUCUCAGAUGAGCUCCAGAGCACCGCUGGCCAUCCCAAGCAUCGCCGGCUAG